AAUGGAAUCAAAACCAAACCAUGACGAGGUGGAUUGAGCGGGAGGGCAGAAAAAGAUAGUGGCCAUUGCAAUUUAGGGGUUAAGCAUUUCAGAGGAAUCGAAAGAAAGAGGGCAAAACCCUACUCUACUGCUCAUCUCCUCCAAGAGGACCACGAAUGCCUUCCUUUCCUCAUCCCGGUUCUGUCACCAUUUGCGAAAUCAAUCGCGACCUCAUCACUGCUGAGAGCCUCUCGGACGAUGUAGCCAAGGACACUUAUGGAAAGAUUCUUGGAAUGGUAUUCAGCCCACUUCCGUUUCAAUCGGAUCAGCUGGUGCAGCCCCCGAGUCCCGACCAUGAUGCCGAGCAGGUUGUAACCACAUCUCCAACAAAGGGAUAUCUAAAAAAUUUGCAGGGGAUUAUUAACCUCACUCCUCUCUUCCGCCCUAAUCAUGUAAAUUUAUUACCAGAAGUUGAUCUUCAAGGAGUGAGCUGGCACCAACAUAAACAUGUCGUAGCGCUUAUAUCUGGCCCCAAUCAAGUUAUAAUUCGUGAUUUCGAGGAUUUAGAAGGGAAGGAGCCAUGCAUUUUGGCCAAUGAAUCCCAGAGAGAGGUCAAAGUACUUGAGUGGAGGCCUAACGGUGGGAGACAACUUGCUGUAGCAUGCAAAGGUGGAAUUUGCAUUUGGGCUGCUUCUUUCCCGGGAAGUGCAGCGUCUAUCAGAUCUGGGUCUUCUUCCUUCCUGGGCACUCUCUCCAGAGGUUCUGGAAUUCGAUAUACUUUGGUGGAUUUUCUUCGAACUCAUAAUGAGGAACAGAUUAGUGCGUUGUCAUGGAGUCCUGAUGGAAGAUAUUUGGCAUCUGGUUCUUAUGAGAGCUCAUCAUUUACCAUAUGGGAUGUUUCUCAAGGGCUUGGGACACCUAUUAGACGAGGACUAGGUGGCAUUUCAAUGCUGAAGUGGUCGCCAACUGGGGAUUACUUUUUUUCGGCAAAAUUUGAUGGAACAUUUUAUCUUUGGGAGACAAACACAUGGACAUCUGAACCAUGGUCUUCAACUAGUGGCUUCGUCAAGGGAGCAUCAUGGGAUCCUGAUGGGCGUAUGAUACUUCUCGCUUUCUCUAAAUCUUCAACCAUGGGUUCAAUUCACUUUGCUUCAAAGCCUCCAUCACUUGAUGCGCACUUAUUACCUGUUGAACUACCAGAGAUGAUGUCCUUAACAAAUAGUCAAGGCAUUGAGAAGAUAGCUUGGGAUGCUUCAGGAGAGCGACUGGCUAUAUCUUUUAAAGAUGGGGGUGACUUAUACCGGGGUCUUAUUGCCAUUUACGAUGUUAGGAGGACCCCUCUAAUAUCUGCAUCAUUGAUUGGGUUUAUUAGAGGUCCCGGAGACAAUCCAAAACCAGUGGCAUUUUCAUUUCAUGACAAGUUUAAACAGGGACCAUUGCUUUUUGUGUGUUGGAGUAGUGGAUUUUGCUCUACCUACCCUCUCAUAUCUCGUUCCCAUCUUCUUCCCUAGUUUGUUACCGCCCGAGUUUCCAGUGACUAGGAGACUUUGUAGCUUAUUUUCACUUCACUCUUUUUUUCAAUGCUGAAAGGGAAGUGUUUAUUGUAAGGUACGAUUAUUCAGUGUUGAAAGGGUUCCUUCUCACAAUGAAUUACAGAAACCGGUUUUGUCAA